AUGGAAAUGCCUUACUCGGAGGCGAGACUGCACCAAGUUGAAGAACUCUUUAAUGGCUGCGUGAGCCGGUUUCGUGUUCUUCCGGUCCAAUACAACCUGCGUGAACGUGGAAAAAAGCGUCCGGAGAUCCUCGCAUCGUGGCACGAUGACUCGGAUGAUGAGGACUAUGAUCCAGAAGAGGAUCGAUCUCCAAAGAAGCACAAGUCUCCCAUGUCUCGCUCCGGGGGCGCAAUCUCUCGAGGAGUCCGAAAGGCUCGGAAUUUGGCGUUCUUUUCGCAGGCCAAUAGGGCCAAUGGUUCGGAAAACUCCUUCGACCUUGAAACUUGCCAUAGUGAGCCUGAGCUGGAACCCGAUGUUUGGGAUCAACGCUGGGCUGUCGAUACCUCAAUAUCUCCCAAUUCCCGAUACCAGAUGCGUCCCCGUGCCCAACCUCAGCCAGAGAGCCCUAACAAAGCCAAAACCGAUAUUCGAGUUGCAACCAGGUCUCUAGUUCCUGCAUCUGCGUUCUCGUCAACGCCACAAAAUGACAACGACCCUGUCCGAGGAUGCCAGGCCUGUGGUGAAAUCAAACAGAUUUGUUCACUGGCAAGUGAUCCUGAUCUGUAUGCAUAUCCGUGCAUUGAGUGCGAAGAAGAUGGUUUUGACUGUGUGGUAAUUCCCAAGCCCAAGUGGAAGCGGUCAUGCGAGAAGUGUCGUAGCAACCGUGGUGAGCCAUGCUCCUACCGGUUUGUCGAUUAUGACCAUGAGCUGCCCUGCCACUCAUGUCUUGAUCACGGAUAUCCUUGUGUCGCCGGACCGGCUAGACACGUGCCUAUUGCUCGCAUGCCCGAGGACGCCGACGAGACUUGCGCAGGUCAUUUAACCACCCACGUUACCAAUCGUAGCGACGACGACGAGCCUAUGCAAGGGGCCGCACUCGAUAAUACCGAACCCUCCGAACUUAGCGAGCCCAGCCCCAUUCAGUCAAUCACACUCUCGGACACAGGUAAUGGCAACAAUGACACUGUGAACGCCUAUGGGGACGAGGACAUGCAAGAGGCUCCAGUCCAAGAGGGCAGCGCUGCUCCCAUCACUGACGGCCAUGAUCAAGCCGAACAACACUCUGUUAGCUUUGGGCAGGUCUGUCGUAUCCAGACCGAGUUCGCGCACCCUCUCCACUUCGGUGAUCAUCGUGAUGUUCCUCAAGAGGGCCCGACUUGCCACUGGUGCCACAACUUUGCGUAUGGAAUCGUUGGACUCGGUGUGCGUAACCCGGACGUCAUCAAUUUCGGUACCAAGAUGGUCGAGAUGAGCUAUGGUCACACAGGUGAAGAAAAAGAAGAGACCCGAAUGUGUCUCCAAUGCGUUCUCAACAGGAUCCAGAUCAUUCAGUGCACCCAUGGCAGCGUAGACCGUUUGCGUGCAGCGGAUGCAGAGCGGGAGGCCUCUGAGGGGAUCGCGGAGUGGGAGAACUUCAUCAGAGCGCGUGACGCUAUCCUCAACCCCGAGACCAUUGCUUCAGGCCCCGCCUUUUCGACCAAUCGUGAGUGGUGUGCUCUAUGCCGCUCGCUCGCUGCAUGGACUUGCAAGACACCUCAGUCAUCUAGCAUAUGUGACCCUGCAAUUAACUGCGAGAAUAUCACGUAUGGAUGUGGUCUGCAUCUGUGCCAGCCGUGCUGCGAGCUGGUCAAGUUUUUCAACGGGGAUCUGAAUGCUGUUCACGAUCAUUAUGUACACGAAGGGGGCGAGGGAAUGCAGCUGCGUGCUGAUAGCCAGUUUAUCCUCUCUGGAAGCAGCCGUAACAUUCUGCACAAGCUUAUGCUGGUGGAGUAG